CCUGUUUCCUCGGACUUGUGGGAAAGAUGGGAGCUUGUUUACUUUGUUUUUGUCAGUCUGUAAAAUUUUCUCCAGUCUUUUUAGUAAGAUACCGUGUACAACCAGAUGUAACCCCCCGCAGGCAGCAGGUAUAUUGAGGUUUGAGGAGCAGCAGUCACUAUGCUGCUCCUUCAUCUACCUGAGGAUGUCCUUUACCACAUCUUGUCAUAUUUGGAUUACAAAUCUCUCAGUCGCCUUUCCCAAGUUUGUAAAAUCAUCAAUCGCUUUGUGAGCCGCGACGUUGUGUGGAGGAAAAUCGCAAAACAGUUUUUAAACACUGGAAUUACUUGGAACGGAACGGACAUAUAUCCUCACAUCCCACUGAAGCAGAGAAUAAGGACGGCUCAAAACUGGUAUGAUGGCGUCUGCAGAAGGUCGAUUUCCGUUAGGUGGAAAACCAAACUGUUGCCAUGGUUGCAGUUGGAUCAGGACAUAUUAUUUCUAUCUCAGGCAUCUAAUAUCGGGGCAUAUAAUCUACACAAAGCCUCCAAGAAACCCCAGCAAAGUGCAUUUAAAAUCUACUCAGGACACAAGGGUGAUGUCUGUCGCUUUGUCAUCACCGAUUCCCAUCUGAUCAGCGGAGGAAGCGAUGGUAAGAUCCUGAUCCACAGCAGAGGAAGUGAUAUGACUUUGGGAUUGUUUGGUCAUGGCCAGGAAGUUAAUUGCCUAGACUGCAAAGAUGAACUCAUCAUCAGUGGAUCAAGAGACAGAACAGCCCGGAUUUGGACUUUGACUUCCAGUUCCUCCAGAGCAACAAUUCCAAUGUUUGACAGAGUUUGGUCUGUUGCUAUUAGUCCCACAGGAAGUUCCUUUGCAACAGGUACUUCAUGCUGUGAGAACUCCUCUCCUAUUCGCAUCUGGGAUGUUGAACGAUCAGCAUGUGUGUGUAGGCUCGGGACAGAGUUUCGUCGUGGUGCUGGCGUCUUGGAUAUAGUGUUUGAGUCUCCAUUCCAACUCUUUACCUGUGGCUACGAUACCUUCAUAAGACUUUGGGACCUCCGACUCAGCCCACAGAAGUGUGUGAGAGAGUGGGAGGAGCCUCAUGACAGCACUCUGUACUGCAUCCAGACGGACAAAAACCACAUGAUAGCUAGUGGCUCUUCAUAUUAUGGUGUUGUACGUCUUUGGGACAAACGCCAGACCAAAUGCUUGCAGUUCUUCCAGCUGAGCUCUGACCCAGUGAGCAGCCCAGUGUAUUGUCUGAGGUUUAGCAGCUCUCACCUCUAUGCAGCCCUGGCCACAGCCCUGCACUCCCUGGACUUCCGACAGAGCCCCACUUACAUCAGAUGACACGCAAAUCUCUCAGAUUUAUCAAAAUAAUAAAUGUUUCUAUU